AUGGCGGUGGGUGAAGAACCAACUGAGUACAACCGUUCAAAAGCUAUCAUGAGGACAACACCUUUACCUGAUUUAUCCCUGCAGAUUAGCCCACCUUCCGUUUCGGAUUGUAAGGAUCAAGGAUUGGCCUACGGUGGGCUAUCAACAAAAUCCAUCAGUAGUGAUAGAAGCUCGACCACUGAUUCUUCUACUUGCAGUGGAAUCAACCUCAUCCAUGAGAAUCCAGGUCCAACUUUGAGCUUAGGGUCCGAGACAGCAGCUUUGGGUCUUAAUCAGCAGCAGCAUCAAUAUCAACCUCAAUUCAAUGGUCGUGAUUUCAAGAGAAAUGCAAGGGUGAUCAAUGGAGUAUUGAGAAGAAGAAUCAGAGCUCCAAGAAUGAGAUGGACCACCGCCCUCCAUGCUCACUUUAUUCAUGCAGUCCAGCUUCUCGGAGGCCAUCAAAGAGCAACACCGAAGUCUGUCUUAGAGUUAAUGAAUGUCAAGGAUCUAAGCCUAGCUCACGUUAAGAGUCACUUGCAGAUGUAUAGAACAGUGAAGAGCACUGACAAGGGACCAGACACGGGACUGAUCCAACGGACAGAGAGUGUUGAUUUGCAUGAAAGACUAUCAUCAGAAACGACACUGCAGAGGACCCAAAGCAAUUCAUGGCUAUCCUGGAUGGAGUCGAAUAAAUUGAGCAAAUCAAGCAAUGGAAAUGGCUUGACAUUUAAGUUAAUUGAUGCCAAGGUGGACGUAGCAGGCAAGGCAGAGCUUGAAGUGUCGGAUAGACCGAAGGGAAGAUUAGAUUCAGACAUCUUAGUUAACCUAGAAUUCACCCUCGGAAGGCCAAACUGGCACUUAGACUAUGCUGAAUCUUCAAAUGACUUAAAUCUUCUCAAGUGUUGGACCCCAUAA